AUGCAGACUGGAACGGGAACUCCCCGUCCCCUAUCCAGGAGAUCAGGUAACCCAGCGCCUGACCCCACUCCUAGGAGAUCAGUUAACCCAGCGCCUGACCCCACUCCUAGGAGAUCAGUUAAUUCAGCGUCUGACUCCACUCCUAGGAGAUCAGUUAACUCAGCGCCUGACCCCACUCCUAGAUCAGUUAACUCAGCUCCUGACCCCACUCCUAGGAGAUCAGUUAACCCAGCGCCUGACCCCACUCCUAGGAGAUCAGUUAACCCAGCGCCUGACCCCACUCCUAGAUCAGUUAACUCAGCGCCUGACCCCACUCCUAGAUCAGUUAACUCAGCGCCUGACCCCACUCCUAGGAGAUCAGUUAACCCAGCGCCUGACCCCACUCCUAGGAGAUCAGACCAGCAGGGUCUUUCCUCGACCUUGCCCGUAAGGGACCGACCCUGCACGCCCACACAGCCCCUGCACGCCCACACAGCCCUGCACGCCCACACAGCCCUGCACGCCCACACAGUCCUGCACGCCCACACAGCCCCUGCACGCCAACACAGCCCCUGCACGCCAACACAGCCCUGCACGCCCACACAGCCCUGCACGCCCACACAGCCCCUGCACGCCCACACAGCCCUACACGCCCACACAGCCCCUGCACGCCAACACAGCCCCUGCACGCCCACACAGCCCUGCACGCCCACACAGCCCUGCACGCCCACACAGCCCUGCACGCCCACACAGCCCUACACGCCCACACAGCCCUGCACGCCCACACAGCCCCUGCACGCCAACACAGCCCCUGCACGCCCACACAGGCGUGCAGGACUCCACAGCCCCGAGUCUGACAAUAAGGCCGGUGGCAGGCAAUGA